CAGCCUGGUUCAGUCUACUGUAUCUGGACUGAACCGAGGCAGGCAGGAAACACUUUUUGCAAGGCGGUGGAGAUGGGGGACAAAGAGAAAAAGAAGAAGGAUACAGACUCCUCUAGCGACGACAGAGUCGCUUUGAAAAAAGAAAUCGGACUUUUGAGCGCCUGCGCUAUCAUCAUCGGAAACAUCAUCGGCUCUGGGAUAUUUAUCUCUCCUAAAGGUGUGUUGGAACAUGCAGGCUCAGUGGGGCUGUCACUCAUCGUGUGGGUUUGUGGAGGGGGGAUCUGUACCCUUGGGUCCAUGUGCUACGCUGAGCUGGGCGUCACCAUCCCCAAGUCUGGAGGAGAUUAUUCAUAUGUGACGGAAAUCUUUGGAGGGCUAGUGGGAUUCCUGUUAUUAUGGAGCGCAGUCCUCAUCAUGUAUCCGACCACGUUGGCUGUCAUCGCUCUCACCUUCUCCAAUUACGUCUUGCAGCCGGCCUUCACGAACUGCCUGCCUCCAUACGUUGCCACCAGACUCCUCGCCACCAUCUGUGUCUUGUUCCUGACCUGGGUCAACUGCUACAGUGUGCGCUGGGCGACGAGGAUCCAGGAUAUUUUCACUGUUGGAAAACUUCUCGCUCUGGUACUCAUCAUAGUGGUGGGAAUCGUCCAAAUCUGUAGAGGUUACUAUGAUGCGCUGAAGCCCAGUACAGCCUUUGAAUUCAUGGAGGAUCCCUCAGUGGGACAGAUAGCGCUGGCCUUCCUACAGGCCUCCUUUGCCUACAGCGGCUGGAAUUUCCUCAACUAUGUGACAGAGGAGGUUGUGGAGCCACGCAAGAACCUGCCCCGUGCCAUUUACAUUUCCAUUCCACUGGUGACUUUGGUCUACACCAUGACCAACAUCGCCUACUUCUCCUCCAUGACCCCUGCUGAGCUGCUGGCCUCUAACGCCGUGGCAGUGACAUUUGGGGAUAAGCUGCUGGGGAUGUUUUCCUGGGUGAUGCCUAUCUCUGUAGCGUUGUCCACCUUUGGGGGAAUUAACGGAUAUCUGUUCACCUCCUCCAGAUUGUGUUUCUCGGGUGCCAGAGAAGGUCACCUGCCCCAGCUGCUGGCUAUGAUCCACCUGAAGAACUGCACUCCUAUCCCCGCCCUGCUGGUCUGCUGCACUGCCACCAUAUUCAUCUUGUGUAUUGGAGAGACACACAACUUGAUCAAUUACGUGUCCUUCAUCAACUAUCUGUCAUAUGGGGUAACCAUCGCAGGCCUCCUCUACCUCCGCCAUACGAGACCCAAUCUGGCCAGACCCAUAAAGGUGAACUUGUUGAUCCCCAUCACCUACUUGAUUUUCUGGGCUGUGCUGCUGUGCUUCAGCCUGUACUCUGAACCAGUGGUUUGUGGUCUGGGAAUGGUCAUCAUGUUGACCGGCGUCCCCAUCUACCUUGUAGGUGUUCAGUGGAAGAACAAACCCAAAUGGCUUUACAGAAUAGUUGAGAUAGUCACGUACCUGGGCCAGAAGUUGUGUUAUGUGGUAUUUCCUCAGGGAGACCCUUCAGAGACUGAACCCCUCACUUCCUCCAAAGCCACUGACUGAGCAGUGCAGUCAACUAAGAAAUCCCUUUUUACAUCAACACCUGUACCAGUUUUUGUGUUCAAAGUAUUUCACAUCGUUCGGUCAGUUUGUGAAUGAUAAAAAGAUGGUUUCGUCGGUGGUCUUGCACAGGUGCAGCCUGAAUGGGGUGAUGAUAAAUCCCCAAGAAGUGGAUGGUUCUACUUAGGGCUUUCACAUUUUAAGCCCAAGAGCUGGAACACGUUAUUAAUUGUUGGUUUGGUAGUACUGUCCUUCUACUCUCCUCACCAAUUUAUCCCAUGGAUCUUCUUCCUGUCUUCUCCUUCAUCUUCAUAUCUUCAGGAUGACUUCUAAGAUCUUCUUCUUUUGACUACCACUAAAUCCUUGUGCUAAUGUGCCUUAUGAAAUGUAUGUGUUGGUAUAGUGUAUUGGUUUUGUGCGGGUAUUUUGAGUGUGUAAUAACUUUUAUGGGGUGAAUAUGCAAGCAGUUUCUGCACUUAGCAAUACUUCUAUUACGACUGCUACCUUCAGCUCUGUUUCACUAAUUAUUCACAUGAUGUUUACCGUUCAUCAACUUUGGAUAAGUAUUUUUCUGCCUGUGUCCCUGCAUGGCUGUUCAUAAUACUUGCCAUCCCUGUCCUUUUUUGAUAAUUGCAUCUCUACUCUCUCCUGUGAGAGAUCAUUUAGAAACCUUUAUGAACCUUCUUCUUUUCUUGGAAAAGGAAGAAGAGAACUGUGUGGCUGUCAGCUGGAAGAAUGGCCAACUCUCUCAGAAGUUAAUAAGUUGUAUUAUCACAACACAAACUGCCUGACUUUUUUUUUCAAUUUUUUCCAGCCUCUAUUCCUCUUUUUGUCUCUUAGGCCUCUGAUUUGAGCCUCCAUUGAGAUAGUUGCUUUGGAAAUGUUCCCAUCUCUGGGAAUGCCAAAGUGAACUCUCUUAAGUCAAGUUAUUAGAUUUCAGGGUUCUCAUCUGCUGUUACAGUACAGUACUUACCAUUAACGUGUUGUUGUAUUACAUUAACAGACGUUACAUUGAGAGAUAGCUGGAUGGCUGGCAGUGUUGGCAGUGAUGUUUACUUGUGUGCAUGCUCCCACAUUGUCAUAAAGUGUUUCCCCAAAGAACCAUCAUCAGUUCCAUGAAACCUGGCUCAUUGCAGUGUAGCGCUCAGUUGACAAUGACAACAUAUUCAUAUAUUAUGGCCCCACUGAAUUAUUAUGGUGCCUCCAAAUUAAGGCCAAACUUAUUUCUAUACUUGACCACAGUACGCUAAUUUACUGUGGUCCAGGAGGUACUGGUGUUGACAUGUAUUUGGGUAAUCCACCUCAGUUUUUCAGCAUUUGUCUAUAAGCUGUGUAUGUUGGACAUACAACAGAACACAUGAAGGUUCGGGCCAGUGGCCUUUUUUUAACAUGAGGUAAACCAGCAGGUGUGGAUUUGGACUAAACAUUCAGUCCUUUUUACAGGCCUGCCAAUGGAACCCCCCCCCCCCCCCACACUGCAUCAAGUUCAAAAAAAGACAAGGACACAUAAGACAACAUGUGAUGUCUGGGUGCUUUUAGUUCUGUUGAGAUCUGUAAAUACUGUGUAAAGAAAAAACUGUUGAAAAAAACAUAUGCACCAUGGACUCCUGCAAAGAUCACAUUCCUCAGACGUGUUGUGAUACAUUUACAUACUGUUCAAUUGAUGGGUGUACCUGUGUUUUGUUAAAGAGUUUGUACAUUAAGUUGUACAUGGAUAACAACGUAAUAGCUUAUUAAAUAUAGAAACAUC